AUGGUGGCUGGUGAGUAUAGUUCAUUGUUUGGGGUUAGUUUUGGCAAGGUAACUGCUUUGUCUAAGAAAAAUAUUGCAUUAGUUUAGUUAACCAUAAUGAUGAUGACCUAUGUACUGAAUGCUUGUUUCUCUAUUUAGUAUCGGUGAUUGCCAUGGCAGUUGGAACUGGUAAAGUGUCCUUUUACCAAUUCCUCUAAGAAUGAAUAGCCUACAGAUACAUGACUGUAAAAAGGGCUAGCUGGAGCCAUCUGAGUGGUUGGCCUUAGAUGCCCUCACCAAUUAGUGACUUAAUGCUGACUCUACUUUGGUCUGACCCCACUACAGGCGGUCCGGCAAGAACCAGGCAGAUGUGUUCAUAUCCAGAGUUUUACCACCACCCAUAGUAUUAACACACAGACACACUCUUCAGUUAUUUAGAAAUAUACUUUUUCUAAACGGAAUAACUAACUUUUGAGGUAUGACAUGCUGUAUGUGAACCUAACAGUUGGAUAUUAAAUAUUACCCAUCUAAGAGAGAAGUUGUUGGGCUCAUCCUUAUAUCCAUGCCUUCCAGUACUAUUAGUAACUAAGCAUCGUUUAGCAGCACAAAACCCCCAACAGUAGGCCCAACUCUUCCUGCCAUCCAGGACCUCUAUACCAGGCGGUGUCAGAGGAAGGCCCUCAAAAUUGUCAAAGACUCCAGCCACCCUAGUCAUAGACUGUUCUCUCUGCUACCGCACGGCAAGCGGUACCGGAGUGCCAAGUCUAGGUCCAAAAGACUUCUCAACAGCUUCUACCCCCAAGCCAUAAGACUCCUGAACAGCUAAUCAUGGCUACCCUCACUAUUUGCACUGCCUCCCCCCCACCCCAUCCUUUUUACGCUGUUGCUACUCUGUUAAUUAUUUAUGCAUAGUCACUUUAACUCUACCCACAUGUACAUAUUACCUCAACUACCUCAACUAGCCGGUGCCCCCGCACAUUGACUCUGCAACGGUACCCCCCUGUAUAUAUAGCCUCCCUACUGUUAUUUUAUUUUACUUCUGCUCUUUUUUUCUCAAUCCUUUUUUUUGUUGUUGUUUUAUCUUUACUUUUCUUGUUAAAAAUAAAUGCACUGUUGGUUAAGGGCUGUAAGUAAGCAUUUCACUGUAAUGUCUGCACCUGUUGUAUUCGGCGCAUGUGACCAAUAAAAUUUGAUUUGAUUUGAUUUGAACUCACUUUCUUAGACGGACGCACAAUCUUCCUAGUGAACAGUCAACUUGGUCACCAGCCAAAACUUGCGUCGUCUUCUUCCGAUUAAAACACUCUGACCUGGGGUGGAAGGGGUCAGUCCAAGUGUCCAUUUGGGCAAGUUGAUUGUUGGAAACCAGGAGGCUAAGAUAGACAGCUGAGAAGGGAAGAAGUGACUUGCACAUGGCUUUUAUUUGAUAUAUAUAUAUAUAUAUAUAUACUUACAAUGAGGGGAUUCAAUUAAUCUGGCCCGAGCACCUGGGUAGGUGUGUUUUGCACCGGGUGAAAGUUGAUUGCAUUCGUUUUGGACCCGGGCUGCUUCCUGGGCGUGAGCCAGGUGCCCCGUUCAAAGCCCAUGGCCAUGUCAUCUCAAAACAAUAUUGACGUAAUUAAGCACAUGGAGUAAUGAGUAUGAUUCUGUGUUUUCACAUGUACAAUUGAUUUGCUUUUGAUAAAAAUGCUUUAUCUGCCUUCCAAAUGAAAAGUAAUUUGAAAAUUCAAACAUAUAUGUUGUAUGUUUCUGGACGAUGCACCAUGCUGCUUUGUUGACAACAUAAGAGUGCCGCAAAUUACUGUUCAAUUUAAGAAGGGCGCUCCUCCCUCACCGCUUUUGCCCGUUCACGUCACGGGCCAUAGACUGGUGGCCCGUGACUCAGCAUAAUGGAAUCCUGAUAUUUGUUACUACAAAACUCCAAUGUCAAAACAAAUGUUUGUCACUUUAUUACAAUUUAAACAACAGAAUGGGGAGACAUGUCUACAAUCUGCAUUCUGCACUAUAAUUUUGCCCUCGUGCACAUGACAGUAGUGCCAUAUCUGCUUAUGGGAGGUGUGACCCAGAACUCCUGUGUUUUUGUUUGCUUGUUGAAAGGUUUGUUGUUUGGGCCUGACAGGUACAGCUGCAAUGCUCAUGGCCCCUGUUGCUUUGGGAGUGAUGGGGUUUGGUGCUGGUGGGGUUGCAGCUGGAUCAACCGCAGCAGGCAUGAUGUCUUCUGCAGCCGUGGCCAAUGGAGGUGGGGUAGCAGCAGGGAGCCUUGUUGCUGCUCUACAGUCAGCAGGUAAAGAUGACAAGAAAUUGCAUUUUUCAAUGUAAUGUAAACUAAAUUCAUCAGGACAGUCUUGUGGUUCUGUCAUGAUUUUAACUAGUGUGUUUGACAUAAAUAGGCCUAAUCUGGUUGCUGUUCCUCUAGGAGCUGCAGGACUCACUAGUGUGGCCACAGUGUUUGUGGGAAGUGUAGGAGCGGCAGCCGGUGGAGCGGUGGGAUGGGUGACGUCGAAGUUCAGGGGGUGA